AUGGCGACCACAACGGGACCGCAGGGCGAUCUGCCAACUGAAAUUCUUCAGACACUCUCUCAACAGGAUAAUAUCCUUUCCUCAGAGGCAUUCCCUACCCAAAAGUCUACCGAUAUUAAAAGUGCUUUGGAUAGACUUGGCUCAAGGUCUAUGAUCACAUAUGAUACAAUAGACCGAGAAGAGGCUAUAUUGGAGGCAGAGGCAGAAGAAAUCGCCGCGAAUGGCAGUCAUGAGGCACGCGUUUUCGAAGCUCUACGAAAGGCAAUGGAUGGGCUCACAGUUUCAGAAUUAGAAGCUGCUGUGGGUGAUAAAAACGUCGUCAAAGUUGGACAAGGUAAAGCAUUCAAGUCGAAAUGGAUUGCGAAAGGUAAAGAGGGCAAGCUGGUAGCAUCAACCGAUUCUAUCCAAGACACCACCCGAGAACAGCUCCAGAUUAUUCAAAAGACGCGCGCACAUCCAGAUCCAAAAGUAAUAACAGAACUGAAGAAACGUAAGCUGGUGAAGAUGCAGAAGGUUAUUAGCUACAAGAUCUCGAAGGGGCCCAAAUUCGCCUUAGAGAUGGUCAAGGAGGAGACCGAUUUGACAGCAGACAUGCUUGCAUCGGGUGCCUGGAAAACCGCCGCUUUCAAACCAUACAACUUCAAAUCUCUUGGAGCAGACCAAAACUCUGGUGCAUUACAUCCUCUGAAUAAAGUACGACAUGAGUUCCGCCAAAUCUUCUUCGAAAUGGGAUUUGAGGAAAUGCCUACAAAUAACUUUGUCGAAACUGGCUUCUGGAAUUUCGAUGCUCUUUUUGUCCCACAACAACACCCUGCGAGAGAUUUACAAGAUACCUUCUACUUAUCGGAUCCUAAAACUGCAGAUAAACCACGCGCAGAGUCAGAAAAGGAUAAAGCUGACUAUGAGACAUACUGGAAGAACGUACAGGAAGUUCAUCAAGAGGGAAAAUACGGAUCAAUUGGUUAUAGAUACCCGUGGGCUGAAGAUGAAUCAUUAAGAUUAGUUCUCAGAACACAUACGACAGCGACCUCGACAGCAAUGCUACACAAGUUAGCUCAACAAAAGGGACCGGAUGGACGACCGCCACCAGCAAGAUACUUUUCCAUCGAUCGUGUAUUCCGAAAUGAGACUCUUGAUGCCACUCAUCUUGCCGAGUUUCAUCAAGUCGAGGGUGUUAUUGCAGAUUAUGGAUUAUCUCUUGGGGGUCUUAUGGAAUUCAUGGAGAUCUUCUUCAACAAAAUGGGUCUCGAAGACUUGCGCUUCAAGCCAGCUUACAAUCCUUACACCGAACCAAGUAUGGAAAUUUUCAGUUACCACAAGGGUCUCGGUAAACUGGUGGAGAUCGGAAACAGUGGAAUGUUCAGGCCGGAGAUGUUGGAGGCUAUGGGUUUACCAAAAGACAUGAAAGUCUUUGGUUGGGGACUGAGUUUGGAGCGUCCGACUAUGAUUAAAUAUAAGGUGAAUAAUAUUCGAGAGUUAUUAGGUCACAAAGUAGAUUUGGGUUUCAUCGAGAGGAAUCCAGCUGUCAGACUAGACAAGACAUAA